CAUCGGCUGGAAUGCAGUUUUAACCAAUCAGUGUCAAGGAUUAGACCCAGCCGUUGUAUAAUUCACAACACUCUACAGCAGUGGUUCCCAACCAGGGGUACUAGGACCCCUGGGGAUACUUGGCCUAUCCAGAGGGGGUAUUUGAAAAGACUCAUAAGUCCAUAGGGUUACUGGUAAAAUGCUCAUAAGCGGGUACUUCAGGGGUACUCCAGGCGGAGCAAAAUUCAUUUGGGAGUACAGUAACCAAAAAAGGUUGGGAACCCCUGCUCUACAGCAGCGUCAGCUAGACCAACAAAGGCAACAUGGCAUUUAGAGUAACAAUCAACCUCCCGUCCCCCUGCAUGUCCCCUUGUUCUUAUGGCAUUUCACGAUGAGCUCACAUCUUAAUUUCUCCCCACCCUCCUCCACCUUCCCUUGUGCCCACACGAGCCACCCCCUUUGCAGCUCUCGCCCCCCAGCAGCCUGCCUAGCCCCCAGCCACCCUGACAGCUUCAUUCAUAUCCUCUGACUGCAUCUGUUCUCUACAGCCAGGGAAUCAUCCCUCCAGACCAGGGUCUGCAGGAAUGGUUGGACAUGAAGCUACGCUGGAACCUUGAUGACUACCUGGGCAUCACUACCAUCAGAGUCCCGUCAGACUCCAUCUGGAUCCCAGACAUUGUGCUCUAUGACAAUGCCGAUGGACGUUUUGAGGGCUCUGUCACCAAGGCUGUGGUCAAGUACGAUGGCACCAUCACCUGGACACAGCCCGCUAACUACAAGUCAGCCUGCAUCAUCGAUGUCACCUUCUUCCCCUUUGACCUGCAGAACUGCUCCAUGAAGUUUGGCUCCUGGACCUAUGAUGGCUCACAGGUUGACAUCCUCCUGGAGGACUUCCAUGUGGACAAGAGGGACUACUUUGAUAAUGGUGAAUGGGAGAUAGUGAAAGCGACAGGUAGCCGUGGUCUGAGGAUGGACGGAUCCUGCUACUUCCCCUUCAUCACCUACUCCUUUAUAAUCCGUAGACUGCCGCUCUUCUACACCCUGUUCCUCAUUAUCCCCUGUAUUGGCCUUUCCUUCCUCACCAUCCUGGUCUUCUACCUUCCCUCCAAUGGCGGGGAGAAGAUCUCCCUGUGCACCUCUGUGCUGGUGUCCCUCACCGUCUUCCUUCUCGUGAUCGAGGAGAUCAUUCCGUCCUCCUCCAAGGUCAUCCCUCUGAUCGGGGAGUACCUGGUGUUCACCAUGAUCUUUGUCACGCUCUCCAUCGUCAUCACCGUCUUCGCCAUCAACAUCCACCACCGCUCCUCGUCCACGCACCAUGGCAUGGCGCCCUGGGUGCGCCGUAUCUUCCUGCACAGGCUGCCCAAGCUGCUGUGUAUGCACAGCCAUGUGGACCGCUAUGCUAACCCUGGCGGGGCCAGGGCAGGACUGGCAGGGAGAGAGUGUGCAGGACUGGCAGGGCGAGAGGGGGCAGUUGGGGGCAUUAUGAAGGGCUCUUCACCAGAGUCCACCCCUCAUCUCUCCUCUAGGAAUAACCUGCAGGCUGCUUUGGACUCUAUCCGCUACAUCACCAUGCAUGUGGUCAAGGAGAACGAGGUCAGAGAGGUGGUGCAGGACUGGAAGUUUGUGGCUCAGGUUCUGGACCGUGUGUUCCUGUGGACCUUCCUCCUGGUCUCAGUUCUGGGCUCUGCUCUACUCUUCAUCCCUGUCAUCUACAAAUGGGCCAACAUCAUCGUCCCCAACCAUGCAGGCAGCAGCGGAUAAGACUAAGCUGAGACUAAGUGCACUGAGCACACCAAAUUCAGAGACACUACAGUCAGUGCAGAGGCAGAGACACUUACUCACAUGUGGGUGUGGGAGACCAGUUAUAAUUGCAAUGGAUUCUAGUUCCAUCAUGAUUCUUGAUUUGUUUAUAUGAAUGAGGGAUUAUUGUCUCUACAUUGCUGUAUCUGUUGAUAGAUUAAAUUAAUAUACAAUUGUUUUAUAUUCUGAAAGGAGGAUACCUCCCUAUAGGCAUAUCUCACAAAGUAAAGUACAUCAAUGAAUACAAUUA